CAAAACCGAAAGACAGCAUGGCGUCUCCAUUAGUGCUUCCGCUAGUGGUACUCUCCAUCAUGAUUGGAUUGUCCCACAAAGUGUACAGCGCGCGGAUUAACAUGACGAUGUUUGGAAACUGCCAAGAUGUGAAGCUUCCGUACGACAAGAUGCCGAUCGCGCUGCAGUCAGUGAAUUAUGAUCGAGACGCCGAUGGUGUCUGUAACACGUUGCACGCCGAGUACGAAGUGCGGGAGGCAAACGAUAACAUCGAUUGGGAGCUCAUCAUCACGACCUACAAGUGUGAGCCACAGAACUCGGUUAUCUGUCUCGAUAACGCCAUGGAGCACAUCGAACCAAUGCACUGCGAUCGUUUCCAUAGCGAUGAUACUGGACCUUGGUUCAUGAUAGCUGCCGCCAUGAGCAACGGUGAUCGUUGCGGAAGAGUGCCGGGACGAUACAAUCUGGAUGCGGCCGUGCUGAAGAUCAAAUACCUUGAGCAGUACAUAGCGAUGGGCCCAGGAACGUACCGUGUUCGUAUGUUGUUCCACAUUCCCGGCACAGACAUGGAGACCUUGAACGUACGGGGAUGCUGCGAGAUGGACUUCGACGUGAUUGAGUAAUGGGUCGGA